AUGAGAUUAUCGUUUAUCGUGUUUUCCACCCAGGCGCACGUCAUUAUGCCAUUAACUGGAGACAGAGAGGAAAUCAAGAGAGGUCUUAAGGAUUUGGAGGAGGUAAAACCAGCAGGUGACACAUAUAUACAUGAAGGAUUAAAACAGGCCAACGUGCAGAUUGCGAAGCAAGGAGUCUCAAGGUUUUCUAGUAUCAUCAUUGCAUUGACAGAUGGCAAGCUAGAUGGUCAGAUUCCCUUGUAUGCAGAGAAAGAGGCAAAGAAAUCCAGAGACCUGGGAGCUAGAGUUUACUGCGUUGGUGUCCUUGAUUUUGUACAAGAACAGCUUGAAAAAAUUGCUGACACAAAAGAGCAAGUCUUCCCUGUCACUGGAGGAUUCCAAGCACUUAAGGGGAUAAUCAAUUCUGUUUUGAAGCAAUCAUGCACUGAGAUUUUAUAUUUGGAGCCAUCAAGUGUCUGUGUGGGAGAGGAGUUUCAAGUUGUUCUUAGAGGAAGUGGCUUAACCCUUGGUGGGAAAACGGAUGGUGUUACUUGUACCUAUCAAGUGAAUGGAACUACAAUUUAUGAAAAACCAAAAACAGUGGAAUCUGAUUUUUUGCUCUGCCCUGCACCAAUCCUAUACAAAAGUGGCCA